AUGGCGAACUCCACAAUCAUCUCCAAUGCUGCCAACCUACAGAAGUACCUUGACCUCCCCCAAAAGGGCAAUGUCAUGGCCGAGUAUGUCUGGAUAGACGGCUCCAACGGCAUUCGCUCCAAGUCCAAGACCCUGAAGAAGAAGGUCGAGAGCCUUGACGACCUCCCAGAAUGGAACUUUGACGGUUCCUCAACUGGUCAGGCGCCCGGCGAGAACUCCGAUGUCUACCUCCGCCCGGUUGCCUACUUCCCCGACCCCUUCCGUCGGGGAGACAACGUCCUUGUCAUGUGCGAGACCUACAUGUCCGAUGGCACCCCCAACGCAUACAACUUCCGCCACGAUGCUGCCAUAAUCUUUGAGAAGCACAAGGAGGCCGACUUCUGGUUCGGUCUCGAGCAGGAGUACACCCUUCUCGACGAGUUUGGCUGGCCAUAUGGCUGGCCCAAGAACGGUUUCCCCGCCCCCCAGGGUCCUUACUACUGUGGUGUCGGUACUGGCAAGGUCUUUUGCCGUGACAUCGUCGAGGCCCACUACAAGGCCUGCAUGUACGCCGAGAUCAACAUCUCCGGCACCAAUGCCGAGGUUAUGCCCGCCCAAUGGGAGUACCAAGUUGGCCCCUGCCCCGGCAUUGCCCUCGGUGACCAGCUCUGGAUGUCGCGCUUCCUUCUCCACCGCGUUGCUGAGGAGUUUGGUGUCAAGGUUACCUUUGCGCCCAAGCCCAUCCCUGGUGACUGGAACGGUGCCGGUCUCCACACCAACGUUUCUACCGUUGACACCCGUGGUGAGAACGGCAUGAAGGCCAUUGAGGCCGCCAUGGAGAAGCUCUCCACUCGCCAAGCCGAGCACAUGGCCGUCUACGGUCAGGACAACCAGCUCCGCAUGACUGGCAAGCACGAGACUGCCUCAUACGACAAGUUCACCUGGGGUGUUGCCAACCGUGGCUCCUCUGUCCGUAUUCCCCGUGCCGUCGCCGCCGAGGGCAAGGGAUACUUUGAGGACCGUCGCCCCGCCUCCAACGGUGACCCAUACCAGAUCACCGGCAUAAUCGCCGAGACCAUGUACGGCAAGGUCGAGGGUGCCGACAUUGCCAGGUUCGCCAAGAAGGCCGAAUCUGUCGAGACCGAGAUGGUCAUCGAGGUCAACAAGCCAUAA